AUGGGACGGAUUUUCAAGCCGCUAAGAGAGCGACUUCGACACUUCUUGUUCAAGAUCAAGGCAGCCGAGACAGACCGGUGUAAUUGUGACGAGAGCUCACAAACACCAAAGCAUAUUCUUAUGCAGUGUCCGCGAUAUGUCAUUCCACGCACAAAAUUGUGGGAGCAGCCGUGGGUAGUUGGCAUCAAGGAGAUAGAUUAUGAUAAGAUCAUCUCCCACCUGCAGGCCACCCGCUGCGUGUUCCGAUAUGUGACGGCGGAGGACGACGACGACGAACCGACAGGCCUCGCGGCAAUGGAUCUAGGUGUGGAAGACGAUGGGCAGGAGGGGUGCAGAGAGAGAGAGAGAGAGAGAGAGAGAGAGAGAGAGAGAGAGAGAGAGAGAGAGAGAGAGAGAGAGAGAGAGAGAGAGAGAGAGAGAGAGAGAGAGAGAGAGAGAGAGAGAGAGAGAGAGAGAGAGAGAGAGAGAGAGAGAGAGAGAGAGAGAGAGAAGGAGAGAGUGGCGUGGGGGUUGGAAGGGGAGGGUGCACUCCACAACUAUCAUUAUAUGUUAAUUUCUUAUGUAUGGGGUUGGAUGGGGUUGGAUUUAUGGGUUUACAGGCCACAGGAAUGGGCUGAUUCCGCACUCUUUACGAUCAGCAUCUGUAUCUGUAUACUCUGGGAGAGAUCCCGCUCGGCGUUUGGCUUCGAGUUCUUGCUUCAGUUGGAUGAAGCGCCUGCAUAG